AUGAGGAACCUCCCCAGGCUAAUUAUAGUUGAGUCUCUUCUUCUAGUUAUAGAACUGUUAUGGUUCACUGGAACUAUUCAGCUGGUUGAAGGUUGUAGGCAAUAUGGAUGGAAUUAUGCUCAUGCAACUUUCUAUGGAGGUGUUGAUGGUUCAGGCACAAUGGGUGGUGCUUGUGGAUAUGGGAAUUUGUAUGCACAAGGAUAUGGUGUUAAGACAACUGCAUUGAGUACUGCUUUGUUCAACAAUGGAGAGGCUUGUGGUGCAUGUUUUGAGCUGAGGUGUGUGGAUGACCCACAAUGGUGUGCUCCAGGGAACCCUUCUGUGGUUGUCACAGCCACCAACUUCUGCCCUCCAAAUUAUUCUCUUCCUAGUGACGAUGGUGGGUGGUGUAAUCCACCCAGACAACAUUUUGACAUGGCCCAACCUGCUUUUGAAAUGAUUGCCAUUCUGAAGGCAGGGAUUGUGCCUGUCAAAUACAGAAGAGUCCCAUGUGUGAAAGAGGGAGGGGUCAGAUUUACCAUUAAUGGCAACUAUUACUUUUAUCUGAUCCUGAUAACAAAUGUGGGUGGAAGUGGAGAUGUGGUGAGUGUGAAGGUAAAAGGAUCUAAUACUGAUUGGCUUCCUUUAACAAGGAAUUGGGGAGAAAACUGGCAGUGCACAACCAAUCUUAAGGGGCAGUCUCUGUCUUUUCAAGUUACAAACAGCAAUGGGCAGAGCAUUACUUCAUAUAAUGUUGCUCCUUCUAAUUGGGACUUUGGUCAGACCUUUGAAGGAAAACAGUUCUAA